CGCACAUACGGUUGUCACCCCGCGUCGACUUGCCUGUUACCAAUGGUUUCCCGCAGGCAGCUGGCUAGCUUGCCCCCACCUCAAACUUUGUAUUGCCUUUGCUCUUCUUGCUCUGCGUUAAACAUUGCCACUCUAUCUACUCAGAUAACCGCGAAUAGGAAACUGCUUGACUGAUAUCUGAACCUUGUCACUACUGUUUGCAUAGCUCCUUCAACGUCGUUGCCCCCAAGAUCAGGAAUGACAACAAGCAGCACGUCCACGCCAACUCGUCACUCGCCCCGCGCGAGCUGCUAAGCUUGACAAUCUUGCCCAGAAGAUUGAUCGCUGUUUGGUCCCAGAGCGCACUACCCACAGACUUUCAGGUCAGAUGCUUGCGUGAAUAUGGAAAACCAAUCAAGCGAUAGCAAGCCUGCUGAAAGCAGCUUGCCUGAUAGCCGUCGACAGCAGCCGCCUUCAAACAUCGACUUGGCACAGAUCCCCCCGCCGACUCCGACCUCUCGCUUCUCUGGAGGUAUCUACUCGCCAUUAUCCGAGGGAAUGGGUCAUACCUCUGCCGCCUCAGAUAUCUCCGGGGAUGCAGUCUUCCCCAUACGAUCUGUUAUCAGCGUCGACCCAUCCAAUCAAGCACCAGCGACUAUUGAUUCUAAUAAUGACCGAUUCCGACACUCGCGCCGUAAUACAAUCGCAUCAAGUGGAAUCACUGGAUCUACAGGUGCAGAGCUUCGCGAAACAGCUUCCGUAACUCCGAAAUCUACUCAGCGGGCACGUCAAGGCGGCGUCUCAAGAAUACAAGCUGAUGCUGAUCGUCAUGGAUCUGCAGCUCCUAUUGAGCUUGACAUUGGCGUUGAAGAUGAAAAGGACGCGGAAGAGGCGGAACCAACAUCAAAACCUGGAGUGUCAGGUGUUGGGCAGACUGAAAUAGCAUCGUCCACUGCUGAUGGUAUCACUGGGCACGUCGCUACUCGAUUUAAGCACGUGGAAACGGCCGAUGGCCAUUCGGUAAUUACCGGACGCGAUGGUACUCUGCAGCGAUGCGAAGAUGAACCGAUUCACACUCCUGGAGCUGUCCAAGCUUUUGGUGUCCUGCUGGCGAUGCAGGAGGAUACAGAUGGACGCUUUGCUGUCCGGUAUGUCAGCGAGAAUUCUGAGCGUCUACUUGGAUAUCGCCCGGCUCAACUGUUCAAUCUUGGAAAUUUUCUUGAUAUUUUAUCCGAGGAGCAACAGGACAACCUUCUCGACCAUAUCGACUUUAUUCGUGAUGAGGAUGCCGAUCCGGUUAGCAAUGGCCCUGAAAUCCUUAGCUUGUCUAUUAGACACCCCAGGGCGGUUAAGUCUGUGAAGCUUUGGUGUGCCAUUCAUAUUAAUCCGGUCCACCCGAACUUGAUUAUUUGCGAGUUCGAAUUGGACGAUGAUCAAGAGUUUCCACUACGCCCGCCGGAUGAAACGAUAUUAGAUGCCCCUGUGGACACACUCGACAGCAAUCCAACACGGGAGGAGAUCGAAGAGAGCACCGAAAUGCUUAGCAAGCCACUCCGGAUUUUACGAAGUGCUAGAAAACGACGCGGAGAACAAGGGGCAAUGCAAGUAUUUGAUAUUAUGUCGCAAGUCCAAGAACAACUGGCUACUGCGCAUAAUCUCGAGCGAUUUCUCAAAGUCCUGGUAGGCAUUGUCAAAGAACUAACAGGGUUCCAUCGCGUCAUGAUUUACCAGUUUGACUCAUCCUUUAAUGGUAAAGUCGUUACGGAGCUCGUAGAUACAGUCCAGACGAAAGACUUGUACAAGGGCCUGAACUUUCCGGCUUCCGAUAUCCCUGCACAAGCACGAGAGCUAUACAAGAUCAACAAGGUUCGUCUCUUGUAUGACCGGGAUCAGGAAACGGCUCGUAUUGUUUGCCGCACGAAGGAAGAUCUCGCCAUUCCACUAGACAUGACACACGCAUACCUGCGAGCAAUGUCACCUAUCCACCUGAAGUAUCUUGGUCAUAUGGGAGUACGAUCGUCCAUGUCCAUCUCUAUUGAUGCUUUCAAUGACCUUUGGGGCCUAAUCUCAUGCCACUCAUAUGGAGGGCAUGGAAUGCGAGUUUCCUUUCCGAUUCGGAAAAUGUGCAGAGUAGUUGGAGAGACUGCGUCGCGCAACAUUGAACGUCUUACGUACACAGCUAGACUGGAAGCUCGUAAGCUCAUCAAUACGUCGCCGACAGAUAAGAAUCCGUCGGGAUACAUUGUUGCUUCGUCAGACGAUCUUUUGACACUAUUUGAUGCCGACUUCGGUCUAUUGUCCAUCUCCGACGAAACUAAGAUUUUGGGUCGCAUGCAACACUCGCAAGAAGCACUUGCGCUUCUUGAAUACUUAAGAAUGCGGAAAUUUACUUCUGUAACUGCCUCCCAAGAUGUCAAAGUUGACUUUCGAGAUCUUCGGUAUGCCCCAGGAUUCCAAGGAAUUGCAGGAUUGCUUUAUGUGCCACUGAGCGUUACCGGUAAUGACUUCAUCGUCUUUUUCCGCAAAGGCCAAGUUGAAGAAGUGAGAUGGGCCGGCAAUCCGUACGAGAAACAGAUUCGCGAGGGUACUGCUUCUUAUUUGGAGCCUAGAUCAAGUUUCAAAUGUUGGAAAGAACUUGUGAUGGGCAAGUGCCGUGAUUGGAAAGAGGAACAGGUGGAGACCGCAGCAGUGCUGUGUAUUGUAUAUGGCAAGUUCAUUGAGAUCUGGCGACAAAAAGAAGCAGCGCUUGAAAACAGCAAGCUCACGAAGCUGCUAUUAGCAAACUCUGCUCAUGAAGUACGAACCCCUUUGAACGCCAUCAUUAAUUACCUAGAGAUUGCGUUAGAGGGGCAUUUGGAUGACGAGACACGUGAAAGCCUGUCCAAAUCCCACUCAGCCUCGAAGUCGCUGGUUUAUGUAAUCAACGAUCUCUUGGACUUGACCAAGGCAGAGGAGGGUCAAAAUCUUAUUACGGAUGAUGUGUUCCAACUCUCAAAGUGCAUUAAAGAAGCUACCGAACCGUUUCAUGACGACGCAAAGAGAAAGGGAAUUGCCUAUGAAGUUGUGAUCCACCCCGAUCUACCCGACCUUGUCAGUGGUGAUGGCAGACGUGUUAGGCAGGCCAUCUCCAAUGUCGCCGCUAAUGCAAUUGCUUAUACGGAGAGCGGCUUUGUCAAGAUUGAAGUCUCCCCAAUUGACAUCACGCCGGAAUAUGCAACAUUGGAAUUCGUCUUCACCGACAGUGGCAUUGGCAUGGAUUCGAACCAGAUCGACGGCUUAUUCAGAGAUCUAGAACAAGUGUCUGCUCCUAAUUCGGACGUCAACCUUGGAGAAUCGCAGACUCUUGGUCUCGGUCUUGCGCUGGUUGGGCGAGUUGUACGAACGAUGGACGGGCAGCUCAGGGUAAAGUCCGAGCGCGGCAACGGGUCCAGGUUUGUAAUACAGUUACCGUUCCAUCUACCUCAAAAGGAGCCUUCAACAUCCGCUGAAGCUUCCCAUGAAAGUCUUGCGCCGAUACGACCCUCAGUACCGCGACAGCAGCACUCUACAGGCGAAGUCAUGCUUGUUACCCGUAGCAGUGCAGAUGUUGUGCGUCCGGCUGUGCGAGACGCUAGCAUUGGCAGUGGGAGCAGACGAAGCGGUAGCCAAGGUAGCCAGGACAGCAAGCGAAGUGACGCAGAUCGUUUGAUUGACGCUAUUUCAACGCCACUAUCCCGCCGUGAAAGCCGCACAUUACGCAGAACGUCUCUGGACAAUGUGUCCCACGCAACAACAGGUGAAGUGCCAGCUGAAGAUAUACAGCCCGGUGAGGAGCCGCAAAAAGCGAAAACUGUGGACGAAGAGGACAAAUCAAGGCCCGCAGCAAACGUUCCAGGAACCACAAAACUUGUUCAAGAAUACCAGGGAACGACAUCGCCCGCAGUCAAAGAACCUAAGUUGGUCGAGCUACCAGCUGGUGCGAGGGUAAGCAUCGGAUCAGAGGCUGGCGCAAACAAUGUCAAGCCACUCAGAGUACUCAUCGCAGAAGAUGAUCCCGUCAACAUGAGGAUUCUGAAGACUAGGCUGGAGCGAGCCGGACAUCAAGUUUACGAGACAGUCAACGGCCAAGACUGCGCCUCGUUCUUCGAAUCAAACAGCAGUCAAGUAGACAUUGUCCUCAUGGACAUGCAGAUGCCUAUUGUCGAUGGUCUCACGAGUACAAAGCUCAUCCGUGAGCUGGAAGCCAAGCCGACUAUUAGUGGCUCACCGAUCUCUAAACAAUGCGGACGCGUACCCAUUUUUGCCGUAUCUGCUUCGCUCGAGGAAUCCAAAAUGACAGUCUAUACAACGGCAGGAUUUGACGGGUGGAUCUUGAAACCAGUCGACUUCAAGAGACUCAGUACGCUGAUGACAGGAGCUCAUCAGGAGGAAACACGCAAGGAAUCCGCGUACGUCCCAGGAAACUGGGAACGCGGAGGAUGGUUUUGUAGCAGUGAAAUAGUCCUGGAUCCCGAGGCUUGAAGUGUAUACAAGAAGAAAAGAACCACUGGUUGGUUUGAUGGGCAGUUGAGCGAGAUUAUUUUGGGUUUGCAUUUUCAGUUUUGGUCAUUACGAAGCAUCAGGAACUCGGCGUAUACGAAACGACUUUCAUGAUUUGAUUUUUGAUUUUUCUGUAUUGAUUUACUUGUUGGGAAUAUACGGCGCGUUGUGGCAAAACAAGGUUUAAAAUAUACGAAUUAGACCAGGGUGUAGAAAAAGAGCAGCGAGUGCAUAUAUGUGCUAUGAGAUACACUUGAUAGAUAUACAACAAGAACAUGCUUUGUGUUGGGCUAUCCACUCUCUCUCAACAAGGAUUUCCAGAAAAUAGUACUCAGAAGACACCAGGACUAAUACGCUUAUGUGUAUUUGGUUUGUAUUUGGUGACGUUAUGGGGACAAUCCGUCUAGGUAACGACGCUAUAUAGCACAUAUAUACUAAGAAAUACAUUUUGAUAGGUGAGAGGGCUGAUUAACCAAUACAGCACGUUCGCUUCCACGCGCUACGUCGCUUCUCUUCAUAAUUUUCUUCUCGAACAUUAUGCUGGCCGACAAUCGUCAAAAAGACCUGAUCCAGUGUUGUUGGGCUGACACUGAAGUGGCUGAUGCCGAGUUCUUGCUUGUGCUCCUCCAACAGAACAACAAGCUGUCCAAGGGCACUCUGAGUUUCUCUGGUAUUAUUCACAUCUGCAUCAUCCUCAGAUCCCAGACUCUUCUCAGAAACCUCGCGACCAGAGAGCGCGAGGAUAUCGGCUGCUCGCACGGAGAAUCGGGUUUGGCCGUGGUAGCUUUUGUCUUCAACAGUGGCUGAGGGAAGUUUUGCUUGAACCCAACGCAUGAUUCUUUCCAUCUCGGCAUCCGACGUUCGAGGUGCUGUGUUUGAUACAAGAUGGACGUGAAGAUCAUCACCAAAGCGUCGGCGGAGGUUAUCCGGCGUGCCAAGUGCGAGCAUUCGGCGUGCAAUAAUACCAGCUCGGCCGGCAAGAGCAUCAGCUUCCUCCAUACUAUGAGUCGUAAGAAGGAUGGAUCGUCCAGGUACUGUGGCCUCCAAAGUCUUCCACAUAAUUCGCUUAGAUGCUGCGUCGAGACCAGAGGAAGGCUCAUCCAGGAGCACGACAGCGGGAUUACCCAUGAGAGCAAUACCGAGACUGAGCUUUCUCUUGUUGCCACCAGACAGAGCAAAAGCCAUGCGAGUUUCAAAUGCUGUGAGACCAACAGCUUCCAUGAUUGCCGUGACAUUGUGUUGAAUGUCUGCAAUACCACGAAUCUUGGCAUAAAAUUCCAGGUGCUCACGAACUGUCAUUUGAUCCAUGGCAUCAAUCUGAGGGCAGACACCUAGAUUCUGGCGAGCGGCAGCAAUAUUUCUAAUAACAGAUUUAUCUUCAACAAAGAUGUCGCCGCCAUUGUGGCUAGGCUUCAGGUCUCCACGGAUGAGCGAGAUAGUUGUGGACUUUCCAGCGCCGUUGGGGCCUAGCAAUGCAAAGACUUCACCGCGUUUGAUGCCAAAGGUAACAUUAUCGACAGCUGUGUUCUUGCCGAAAGAUUUGGUCAGGUUCAUGACUCGGAGACCGUCAUGAGUUCCAGCGUCGCUGUUGACACGUGCCAAUUCGUUUGCAAUCUCCUCAUCAUUGUCGUUCUCUGUUGCAUUGUCGUGGUGACGUUCGAAAAGACUGCGGAUUGAUGACCCAGGGGAUCCACCAUCAAGCCAGAUGAGCAGGCCGAAGAGUAUAACAGCUUGGACAACAAGAUAAAGAAUAGGACCACCAUACGCCAGCAAGCCCCCAGGAUUGCUUGAUAACUCGUUGCCAUCACAAGCUGUAGAGAACAGGUUGGUUACCAGGAAGACAGCUCUCAUAGCAGAGCCUAUGGGAGCAACGGCAGAGAUAACGAAGUGGGCGAUGUGAAUGGCGGAAUCCAUCUUGCGAACAGAAACAUAUGUCAAAAUGCAGACGUAUGCAAUGAGAUAGAUGAGGAAGCAAACGCAUUGGCCAACGGCAGCCCAGGCAAAGGUAGCCAGCUGAGAUUUGGCAUAGAGGGAGAUGAUAUAAGACAGGAGCGUUGAAGUCAACCCGUAUAGGAAAAAGACGAUAAAGAUGUACUCGAUGUGAUACCAAAUGCCAGAAAGUCCACUCCAGAGGGCGGUAACGAUUGCCGAGCUCAGUAGCACAAUGAUAAAGUCAAAGAGCAGAUACGAAACCCACAAAGGGAACGGGUGAACGCCGUUGGAGUAUUGGAGGGCGCGGACAAAACGUCGUCGUUCGUUGCUAGGAUACAAGGCAAAGAAGGCAGGAUAGAUGGAGAGGGCGAGGCCAAUGUAGAUGGCAAGGUUCAAGGCGUCUCCAAUUCCAGGGUUGAAAGGAACAUCAAAUGAUGACCAGGUAGUGGCGAUGGAAGUGUUGGUGCGAAUAACAUCCAUGAAUUGCUGUGCGCUGAGAGAGCUGGUAAGAUAAAGGUUGCCGACCCAAGCAAAGGUUGGAUCCACGCCGUCACCUCCGAGCCAUAGGCCAGUUGUCACAUUCUUGCGAUUGUUUUUGAUAAAAUCAUCGAAUAAGGCAUAGCUGUCAACGAUUUUCAGGUUUUUGAGAGCAGCACCUGCGGCAAUACUACUAACGCCCUUGAUGCCGCCUAAGAUGGGCUUGAAAAGCUGCAGAAGGUUGUUCUGGGAGAUGGCAGAAGAGGGACCCGCAACGAACAUGAUGACCUUGUCUGAUUUAACCUGACUAAAGGCAUCUUGUGUGCUGGAUUGAGAAACUUGGUCGAGAGGCGAACAACCAGUCUGAGGCUUGCCCUUGACAUAGAGUGAAGUGAGUGCUGCAGCGAUGAUAGGCAAGAUGAACGCAACGAAAUACAGGAUCCAAUUUCGCUUGAGAAUGAUUAGACGCUUCGCAAAGAGGAUCCUUGCCUGUUUGAAAUAGCCAAUGCGUUGACCAUCCACGAGGGUUAUUCCCUGACGUUGAGAUGCGCUUCGUUGUGACUUCGCAUCGUCUGGCGUCUUUUCAGAUGCUCCGACAGCCUUUUCACUACCACGCAUGAUUUCUUCGUCCCUGAUUUCUUCCGCCAAUUGAAGGAACACAUCUUCAAUGGUAGGGCCAGAAAAUCGGUAAUCGUGGAUACCGACCGCUUCAAGCUCUUUGAUAACAUUUGCGGCCAACGCGGAGGCAGGUGCCGUGUAGGUGACCAUGUCAAAAGCAUCGACCUUUUUGACUUGAGGGACAGAAGGCAUAGUCUUUUGACCAGAGGAUUUGUACGCAUGGACACGGUAUCCACCACCAAGAGUAUCCUUGAGCUCAACCGAUGAACCGGCCGCACGCAGCGUACCCUUGGAAAGAAUGGCGAGAUGGUCUGCGAGAAGGUCGGCCUCGUCGAGGAAAUGGGUCGUGAGAAUCAAAGUACGCUUGCCACGCUCGGCGAGAAGGAUAUCCCAAAUCUUGCGACGAGAGAGUGGGUCGAGGCCGCUGCUAACUUCGUCAAUACAGCAGACGGCACUACCACCAGUCAACAUCAUGCCUAGUUGAAGCUUACGCUUCUGUCCACCAGAUAAAGUCUUUGAUAGAGCCUUUCGCUUGGUCCACAGGUCGAUAGCCUUGAUGAGAGCGUGUAUUUCCUCCGUAGUCGCUCUGGUAUUGGGGGACUUGAGGCGGUUGAAGAUGCGGAGAUGUUCUUCAACGUUCAAAUCGUCCCACAGCACAUUCUUUUGAGGGGCAAUGCCGAGACCACCAGUUCCAUCAAUGGUGAUAGAACCGCUUGUCAACUUAUGGAGGCCAGCAAUAGCAUCAAGAGUUGUACUCUUACCACUGCCGUUGGCUCCUAGGAGACAAAUGAUUUGCCCACGGCCAGCCUGGAAGCUUAGCUUAUCGACCGCAACUACCGGCUCUGAGGCCUGGCCAAAAGCAAAGAGUCUUGUGAAGAAACCAGGCUUAUAUACCUUUGUGAAAUUUUCAAGCACAACGGCAUUGUCACCCAUGGCCUGUUCUCCAGAUGAACCAGUUACCAGUUUGCGUCCUUUAGUGGAGGUUCCGUAAAAGCCGCGCUCGACAAAUGCACCAAUGAGGGGGUAAACGAUAAUUUGGAUAAUCAUCAGAAUCCAAAACACAAUACCUGUAAGCUGCCAAGACGAGCCUUUGGGGAUAGUGGUGAGGUUAGCGCCCAUAUCACGCUUUUCGAACCGGGCCAUGUGGAUGAUGAAGAAGACAUAGUUGCAAGGCGCAAAGAUGGCUGAUAAGAUGGCUACUGGAACAGUUCCAGGUCGGGUAAGUGCUUGAGCGAGAAUUCCCAGCAGAAGCGUUGAUAGGGUUGCGGUGAUACCACUGAGUUGGGCCUUUUUGAAGAAGGAAGCAAACAGAAUCGACAUGGACGCAAACGACGCGCCGGCGAGGAUCUGAUAAAUCAGAACAAUGGCGAUGCUAGUGUUGGGAAAGAGACCGUAGCGGAUAAUCAGAGAUCCAAUCACCCAUGCUGGAAGGUAGAUGAGAGAGAAGGAUAGGUGGUGGGAGAUGAAUCGUGCUGCUUGGCCGAGGAAGGCCCAUCGGACUGGCAUCAUGGCGUCAAUCAGCUGAGACAUGCCACUUUCCCUCUCUGAGGCAAUGAUUCCCGUCAAAUGGUACGUAAUCCAUAUAACGUUGGCGAUGAAUGCCACACCCAUAAAGUUAAUGACUGCAUUGUGGAAGAGCUCUCGAACCUUGGUGUCGCGCUCUUCACUGGUGAGACUAGUGAAUGGGUAUUCCUUGAUGUUAUCCAGCGCGGUCUUGCUACCGGGGUUUGCAUCUUGUCCAAUAAUAGCGUCAAUGGUGCGCUGGAUUGGCAGCAGAUAGACUUGUUCGACAUUGUCGUUUUUGUUGAUAUUGAUCGUAACAGCGCUGGUAUAAAAGGCGGCGUCGGUUCUAAUGGUGUAGUUCCAGAUUCCUCCUGGGCCUUCAUUUGGUGAAGAUCGCAUAACAACGGCACCAAAGCAACGCGUAACACCACGAAGAGUGCUUCGGCAUUCAAGAGGUAGGUUGGUUUCGUUACUUAGGUGCACAAUGUCCACGGCGGAGUUGGCAUCUUUAAUGGCGGUCUCAACUUCAUUAAGAACACGAUCAAUGUUUCCUCCGGUAAAUCCAUUGUUUAUUAGAACGAUCUUGUUGCGAUCUUGCCGUACGCCAAUACGCAAAGCGUCUCCGAUGCUCAUAACGGGAUAGGGCUGCGAUAUACCAUACUUGGCGGGAGGGGCGAAGAGAUUUUUGGCAAAGCUGAAAAAUGAGGCGAGGAUAAGAGGAACCAAGAAGGCCAUGAAUAUGCAGAGCGUCAAGUGACGGAAGAGCAUGGUGCGCAAGUUUUUGGACAUGAGCGUCCAGACCUGCCUGAAGAAGGCCAUGAUGGCGGGAGCGUUCUCGGGACGCGGGCCGAUAGCAGUAUGUUUAGUUUCGUAUGUUUGAAAUAUACUUGAUAGAGAGUAAUAUCCGGGCUACCCGAUGGUAAACAGAGUAAGGGCGAGAGCGGUGGUUGGAAGAAUGAGGCGUUCGUAGUAACGAAUGGUGAUGUCGAUGACAACCAGGGAUACUUUGUUGCAGAUUGGUUGUGAAUUGCACGGCGUGUAGGUUUAUAAAGGUAAAAAUAAAGCCCUAAACAUCAGGACCACAGAUGAAGCGAGAUAAACAUAAAAAUAAAGAAUAAUCAACAAAAAGAGCGCGGAGAGUUAAAGUUUAGAGGUGCAGAGUUGAAAGCACGCAGCCGCAACACAGCGCCGACAACGCGUGCAGGGGGGAUCUGGCGACGAACAACGUUUAAAAGAGGAAAAAAA